UGUUUUGUUUUCCCGGGCACGCACGUUUCCAGCGUGCCAUGACUCACUCGGGGCUUUCUGGAGUGCACUCCCACUUCUGUCUCCUCCUCUUUCUGCUCCAAAUCGGUGGGAACCGGCAAGGCAGAGAGCCCUCCGUCUCCGGUUCUGAGCUGCCAAGCGAGAAGAAGAGGACGCAUUCUCGGCCGCCAUGUCGGGGUGCAACUUUUGCAGCGUCUUGGUGACCGGAGCCAACCGGGGCAUCGGCUUGGAACUGGUGAAGCAGCUUCUGGGACAACCCAAGCCCCCUCAAAAGCUCUUUGCCACGUGCCGGGACCCCCAAGGAAGCGGAGCCCAGGAACUGAAAAAACUGGCUUCGAAGCAUCCCAACCUGGUGAUCUUGCAACUCGAAUCCACGGACGAAGGGAGCAUCGAGGCCGCCGCCCAAGAAGCCGAGGCCCACCUGGCCGGGAAGGGCCUGACGCUCCUGAUCAACAACGCCGGCAUCAUGCCGCCCAGCACCCUCGAGUCCGUCACCCAGGACGACAUGCUCAGCGUCUUCCACACCAACGUGGUCGGGCCCAUGAUGAUCACCAAGGCUUUCCUCCCGAUGCUGAUUGCGGCCGCGAAGACAACCAGCGGGAAGGGCCCGGGCGGUUGCAGACCUGCCGUGAUCAACUUCUCCACCAUCGGCGGCUCCAUCGGCAACGCUCCGCACAUGGGCACCUUCCCCGUCAUUGCCUACCGCUGCAGCAAAAGAGCGCUGAACAUGCUCACGCAGUGCCAGGCCCUGGAGUACAAGGACAAGGGCAUCCUGUGCGUGGCAAUCCACCCCGGGUGGGUGAAAACGGACCUCGGCACAGACAAGGCUGCUCUGGAGGUGAAGGACAGCGUGGCUGGGAUCCUGCGCGUGCUCUCCGGCCUCUCCGAGGAGCAGAACGGGCGCGUGGUGGACUGGGAAGGGCGGGUGGUGCCCUGGUGAAAGCGGAUCACGCGGCACAACCGCCCAGAGGAUCCGCAUUUUCUAGACAAGGAUCCAUCUGGAUGACUUGGGAAAGCAACAUUCUGAUUGGGUUGCUGUGAGUUUUCAGGGCUGCCUGGCCAUGCUCCAGAGGUAUCCUCUCCUGACGUUUCGCCCACAUCUAUGGCAGGCAUCCUCUGAGGUUGUGAGGUCUGUUGGAAAAACUAGGCAAGUGGGGUUUCUAUAUCUGUGGAAUAAUGUCCAGGGUGGGAGGAUGAAAGAACUCUUGUCUGUUGGAGACUAGUGUGCAUUUUGCAAUUGGCCACCUUGAUUAGCGUUGAAUGGCCUUGCAGCUGCAAAGCCUGGCUGUUUCCUGCCAGGGGGAAUCCUUUGUUGGGAGGUGUUAACUGGCCCUGAUUGAUUCAUGUCUAGAUUUCGCCUAUCUUCUGAAUGUUGUUCCUUAUUGACUGUCCUGUGAGCAGGACACUUGAUGAAUGAUCCCUAAAUAUGGCGCUUUCUGCACCAAAAUAAUACUUUGCAGCUGCAAGGCUACUCAAUGCUAAUCAAGGUGAUUCAUUGCAACAUUCACACAUGCCUCAAACAGACAAGAGUUCUUUCUCCCACGCUGAACAUAUACCCCACUUGCCUCAUUCCCAUCGACCUCUGGACAAACCUCUGAGGAUGCUUGCCACAGAUGCAGGCGAAAUGACCAGAGAAAAUGCUACUGCAACAUGGCUAUAUAUAGCCCAAAAACUCACAGCAAUCCAAAAAUAACAUUUGUGGGAAUCAAACAGUUUUCUGUGCAAAAAUAAAUAAACCCACUCCCACAACCCAAAUGCAAAGUUUGUUGAGCAAGUCCUGAUUGUGAAUGGUUUUCAAAGACUUUCUCACAUAGGGAAAGGAAAUUGCUAACAUUGUAUGUUGCUGCUCUCACAAUUACAUCCCGACAAGACUUGAAUCCUUUCCUCCCGAAACAGAUGAGCAGCUUAAACGUUUAGGUUAAAGUCUAAGGUGGAUUCAUUGCUCCACAAACAAGAAAACCAUUUGCUACCAUUGUAACAAAGCAAAGAAAAUAAAGGCAAAACCUUCCGUUUU